UUUUAAACCGGUUUUUAUUUAAACCGAUUUUUUAUUAACUAUAAUUUUUUUACUUAAUUACCCUAUAUUUGUAAGGUUGAAUCACUAUUAAAUUACAUACACUAUGUAUAGAAAUGUGAAAAUAUGGAAGAUUACAUUAGUUGAUUGAUUGAUUGGCCGGCCUCUGAAUUUUGCAUCGAUUGAGUUUCAGCAUUAGUGAUGUGGGGAAUAGUAAUGAACAUGAGCUGGAAUUAUCAGGUACAUUUGCUGAUCUACCAGCUCCAGAAUUAGAAUGGGAGCAAAUGGCUUCAGCGCCUGUACCGCGUUUGGAUGGUUCUGCCAUUCAGAUUGAGGAUCUUCUUUACGUUUUCUCCGGAUAUGGAACCCUAGAUCAUGUAAGCUCUUUGAAUGCAUAAAUCAAUGUGAGUUCUUUGUUAUGAUGUCAUGCUUCUUUGGUAAGUGCAUUCCCAUGUCGAUGUCUAUAAAUUUAUGGCUAGAAAUUGGACUGAAAGAUUCGAGACGCCAAAAGAAAUGGCGAAUUCCCAUUUGGGAGUGGCGAGUGAUGGGAGAAGAUAUGUGUACAUUGUGUCUGGACAGCAUGGCCCUCAGUGCACAGCCCCUCCCGUGGCUCUUUCCUUUGUCCUUGACACAAAGACGAGGAAGUGGGAGAGCAUUCCCUCGUUACCAGCUGCUAGAUAUGCUCCAGCAACUCAGAUAUGGAGGGGAAGACUACAUGUAAUGGGUGGAAGCAAAGAGAAUCGGCAUACACCUGCAACCGACCAUUGGAGCAUUGCAGUGGAGAAUGGUAGAGCAAUCGAGAAUGAAUGUCGAAAAGAGGUACCCCUGCCCCGAGGGGGACCUCAUAGGGCUUGUGUUGCGGUUGGCGAUAGUCUUUUUGUGAUUGGCGGUCAAGAGGGUGAUUUCAUGCCAAAACCCGGGUCACCUAUUUUCAAAUGCUCAAGGAGGCAUGAGGUGGUAUACGGGGAUGUCUACAUGCUUGAUGGUGAGAUGAAGUGGAAAGCUGUGAACCCCAUGCCCAAACCCGAUUCCCACAUAGAAUCGUCUUGGAUUAUUUGGAAUAACUCGAUUGUCAUAAUGGGAGGGACGACAGAGAAGCACCCGGUGAGUAAAAGGAUGAUCCUAGUGGGAGAGAUAUUCCAAUUUCAUUUGGAUACCAUGCAAUGGUCUGUGAUGGGGAGGAGGCCGUUCAGGGUGAAGACGACGUUGGCCGGUUUUUGGGAUGGAUGGUUGUAUUUCACAUCUGGGCAGAGAGACAGAGGUGAAGAUAAUCCACAACCAAAGAAAGUGAUUGCUGAAAUGUGGAGAACUAAGUUGAGCUUCUAAUGUUUUUUUUCCUUAUAAUUUGUAACUUUUUGUUCUCCAAUUUCACAUACAAAACACAUUUUUGUUUCAAAUUUCAAACUAAUCAAUUAUUUUCAUUGAAAGUAAUAUAUGUGAGAAAAGUUGUAACUUCAUCUACAGAAUUUAUAUGAAUUUAUAUGGAGUCUUCAACA